AUGACCAAGGAGCAGUUGAUAGCAAUGCAAAGGCAGAACGCAGAGGUCUAUGAUGGGGACUCGAUGGAGUUAAGGCGAAAAUCAAGGGAGUUCCUUGAGCGGUUGCAAAUGCCGAUAGGGCUUCUCCCAAUGGACAACAUGGAAGAGUUGGGGUUCAAUGAGUCCACGGGUUUCAUUUGGAUGCGACAAAAGAAGCCCACCUACUACAAGUUUCGUCAAAUCGGACAACUCGUCCGGUUCGACACUGAGAUCACUGCCUUUUUGGAGGAUCGACGAAUGCGGGCAAUUACUGGGGUCAAGGGAAGAGAAUUCUUGGUGUGGAUCCCCGUUAAUGAGAUCCAGAUGGAAAACAUACCCGACCCAAAGAAUAUCACGUUUUGUACCCCUGUUGGAAUAUAA